AUUCAUGAAUAAAGUAAGAUUAUGGUAAUUUAAUUUAUAUGUAGGUAAUGCUCGCUUUCAACAAUGUUACUACAAUAUUUAGCAAGAAAUCCAACAUUAUCUUACCAAUAAAAAUGGGGUCUUUUAUCCAGAAAAAAUAAUGCUGUUGAUAAAUUCAAAAUAGAUCUAGAGUUCGGACUGCACUGCUAUGCAACUAGUAUGUAAAAAUUAUCAAUAAGUUGGCACAAACUAUGUCCUCUAUAGCACAGAAGCUGUGUGAUGAAAUCUGUGAGGAAUCGCCGCUGAAACACUCCAAACACAGCACUCGAGAAAGCUGUAAAAAACUAAACCAAGCUCAGGCUUCAAAUAGCAGGUACGACGGGCGCCCUACGAGGUCUAUAGUCGUAGAGAAAAAGAGGGUAGUAAAUAAAGUAGUACCAAGUAGCAGUUGCAGCAAAAGUAAAAUAGUUAUAAAUAAAUUUAAGUCCAAAGAGACUCUCCUGAAGAAGACGUUUGUUGAUAGUGCACAGAAUACAAUCAUCACAGGGCCCCUGCGAUGCGACAAUGAUUGCGUGACUAUGGUCCGGAAGAGGGACAACAAAGGCAACUGCAAAUGUGGCAAUAAACGAAUCAACUGUCGAGUGAGUGCAAAGGAAAUUCAAACGUUCGACACUAAAAAUUACUGCCAAUUGGACAAAGCGUGCGCACAGUGCGUCGAAACUGUUAACUGUGGCACUCAAUUUCUUGAGAGACUUAGCAGCAGGAAACCAUUGCCUCUGAACAUGAGGAGCCAAGCAAAGCUCUGUAAUGAAAUAGACACUCAGACAAAUGAAGGUAGUAAAGAAAAUGAGAAAAGUAGGAAUGACAUCAUUUGCAGUAAAUCAAAAAUAAACUACAAUUUCAUGGGUGCUAGAAGAUGGGCUCUGUCACAGUUCCCUGCAAGAGGACCUGAUUUUUAAAAUUCCUUGUUAAAAUAGUUAUUUAUAGCAAUCCAUUAAAUGCUCCACUUGCAAUAACUUGCUAUGGUUUCGUUGAUUGAUGAAGUAGAUAACCAGUAUGUGUUACAUACUAUUUUUAGGAUAUGAAAGGAAAGAAACAACAUUGCCAAAUUAUGAAAAAACUUUAUUCCUAGUCCAGUCCACUACAUCUGCAUACAAAAUUAGUGCUUUCAUCUUGUUGUGUACCUAAAAAAUAAUACAAUGCAUAUAACAUGAGACCAUUAACAUAUUAACAUGUGAAUACAAUUAAUUU